AUGAAUGAAAACGACAUAUCCACGUUAGCCCAGUUGCUUUUCAAUUUUGCCAAGAUGUCACUAAGAAGCUCUCGACUAUGCCGCUUCCUGUUGCUGACCGCAGCUACAGUCUUACUACUUGCAUUGCCAGUCUGUAUCACAUCCGCAAAAGAGAGAGAAAAGGUCUCAGGAAUUCUUACUGCGUCAGCGCCGGAUGCCAGUAAAGUGACAGUGCCCGAGUUUGUUGCCACAGAUAAAUGGCAGGAGCUGCUGCCUGGACAAGGUGUGCCACGGGGUCUUCACGUGCGAUUGAACCUCGAGACAGGAAAGCGCGAGGCAAAAUUGGUGAAUCCUAAGGAGCAAGAUACCCAAGAAUCCAUGCGAUCGUUGAUCGUUGAUCCUAACGCGAAGGACACUACGGUAACAGUGUUCACUGAUAUCUCAGGAGAUAUCGUGUCUGACGACGAGACUCUCACUGUCAUCGAGGAGGAAGGCACUAUCGACGCUACUGUAAAUGAAGAAGAAGCUGAAACUAAAGUAGUCGAACCGAAUUGGAACCACGAGAAAAUAUAUGACGUGUUGCAGGCAUUGCCUGAGCCGCCUAAGGUCGAAGGCAUGGAUAUCCAUGACGCGCACGAAAAGCUGUCCCCUGCAGAGUUCCGCCGGCAGAUCGUUACUCUCUGGAAGAAACGUCAAGCUGAGCUAAAAGAGGCCCUCGAUUCGCUCCAGGAUGAUGCAAAGUAUCUGGGUAAAUUGCUAGAGCAGUUCAAAGAGGCUGAGAACAAUGGUGAUACGGAGGGACAACUAAAUGUGCUUGAAGUGUUGGAGUGGGAAGUGCAGGAUUUGGACAAGACCCACGUAUUUAACUUCAUUGGCGGAUUUGGCAUCAUGGCUGAGUACCUGAAUUCGACGAAUUUGCCCGUCCGAGCGCGCACCGCAUGGGUGUUUGGAUCUGCAGCUAAGAAUUAUAAGGACGGUCAGGAGUGGGCGAUUGAUGCCGGGGUACUGCCAAAACUGCUUAGCUCGUUAACUCUGGAAGUCCGGAAUGCCGUCGAAUCAGCAAAUGAAGUUUUGGAAGUCAAGAAGAAGACUGUUUACGCGUUGUCCUCAAUUGUGCGAGCCAAUGAGCGUGGACAACGACUCUUUUUGCUUCAUAACGGGCCGGAGCUUCUGGCAGGGUUGUUUACUGACGCACACCCUGGUGAGCUUCAGAUAAAGGUACUUCUGUUCGUGUAUGACCUGCUCGCGGAAGCGGCUGAGCGCGAGUUGCUUACUGGUGAAGAGCCAGCGUCUUCUGCAUUGAUUGAGCUCGAAGGAGUUUUCAAGUCCGCGGCAUGGUGUGAGCGUUUUGCAACGACUUUUGUAAAGAUGGCUCCUCUUCUUGCUCGUCGGAAAGUUAUCGAGCUUGUGGACGCCAUGCGUUACCAGCUGCCUACGUGCCAGGAUGUGUUUGAGACUUCGGGUGUCAAGUCUGUGGUGGAGAAACUAGCUCAGGGGUAUGUCGAUGACCAGAAGCUCAAUGAAGCGGAGAAAGAGGAGCUGGCGCUGUUUUUUCAAGACUUUCUAGGCCGUGCCUGA